AAAUAAAAGAAUUUUAUUGAAAUUCACGUAAAAAAAUGACUUGUGUGGUUUGUGGAAAUGUGGCCACUUUUAUGUGCCAGCGUUGUAGCGAACCUUAUUGUCAAGCUGCUUGUCAGCGCUCGGAUUGGCAGCGACAUAAAUACUAUUGCACAACUAUGCCACCUCUCAUUACCCGCACAGCGGAUUCUAGGAAUGAAGGAACUUCGAAUGUUGAUGGCUCCGUUAAAUCGUUGGAGAAGUCAAUUUCUAACUGCAGCAUUAACUACACAGCCAGCGAGGCGAAAAGCGAUAAUUUUUCAGCGAAAAAAGCCGAAUCAAUCAACACUAAUCUGAGUUGUGUCUGGCGCACAAAAGUGUUGCCCAAUGCAAAUGAAUUCUUCGAAUGUCGCAUUACUUACGUAAACAAUAAGGGCGCCAUUUGGGUAGUGGAAUCAUCGAACAUUGAGCGCCUGGAGCGCUUAACUCAGGACAUGGUGCUUAAGGAUAAAUGCCGCUUGGAGAACUUGGGAGUUGGCGAACUGGUGGGUGUUAAUUGGAGACAACAAUUUUAUCGGGGCGAGAUAAUGCAAAUGCAACCGAAGCUGAAUUGCGCCAUGGUACGACUUAUUGACAGGGGCAGUAUGAUCAAGUUCGAUAUUGACGAAAUCUAUUUGGCUGUGCCGUUCAUGGCCGAAAUCGAAGCUUUUGCUUUCAAAGUGAUGCUACCUCAGAACGUAGCGCACGAGUGUUACGAAAAUAAGAUAAUCUGUUUGCGUCUGUUAGGUACCAAGAACCAGGACGGCAACUUGCUCGCUGAACUCAAGGAUAGCUCAGCACAAUUGGAGUUGCUGCCCUUUCAAAUGAUGACUAAGAAUGCGGGCGUAUCUUGGUUGAAAAAUUUGGAAACCAAUGUGGAGCGCAAGGAGCCGCAAGUGGCAUUGAUGCAAAUUAAAGAGUUGAACGAGCUCAACGAAGAGCUAGACUCAAUUUUGAACGGCAACGUUGCUCAGCCAUUUAACAUACAAUUUCCGAACGCUAAGCUUCCAAUCUUUGUGGCAGCUCGCACCAAACAAGGCUUCCGACGUGCCUUCUUGAUCGAUUUCAUUCAAGAGCCUAUCAAAUAUUUGAUUUACGAAGUGGAUGAGGGCUGCUUCUCCAUCGUUCAUGAGGUGCUCCGCAUUCCCAACGAGAUGUUCGCGUUGCCACUGCGAACAUUUGCCAUCAUGUUGCCCAAAGAACAUGCAGUCGGCCUUUCAGACUUAAAAGAUCUGGCAAUAGAGUUUGAUGAAGCGAACAUGGAGAACGCUCGUGGCACAUUAUUGGCACACAACGAGAAAAUUUGCGCUGUGCGCAUUGCCAGCUUUACGGGACAGUUUGCUAAAGAGCUGAAUUGCAAAUACUUUUGCGAGCCAAUCGCAAGCGGUAGCUUGGUCUACAUUACAAGCGUUGUUAACUAUCAAGAGAUUUGCAUAAGCUCUGUGAAGACCAAGGAGUACUCUAAUAUAUUCACGGAGCUGCAACAGAAGUGUGCACCAUUUGCCAACACUGACGAGAUUGAAGUCAGCAGCAUUGUGCUUGUUAUCUGCCCUAAUCGAGGCGCUUAUCGCGCAGAGGUUAAAUCCAAGUCGGACAACGAAAAUUACCGAGUGCUCAACAUUGACACUGGCAUUCAUCACCUAGUGUCUGCUGCAUAUUUGCGCAAGUCUUGUGCAUUUUUGGAGCAUUUGCCAAUUAGUCUUUGUCGCUCUAACAUCAAAAACGUCUGCACCAUUCCAUCGACUGCUGUGCCCCCAAAUACAUCAGCUCUCAAUCUAUUAAUGAAUCUCUAUGAGAAAAAGUCGGAGCUGCUCGUUGAGUUCUCCGACUCCACAUGCAGCACUCUUGAUUUAGUGGGCUUUAAUGAGGAGCCGCAUUCGCUAAUGGCUCGGAUGUUGCCCUUGAUGUUUACAUCGCAGGCAGCCCCAGUGCCAAUCUCUGCCUUACCGCCUUUGCCACCAUCGCCACCAAGUACACCGAGUCCGGCUUUGGCUCUCGAUGCAAAGGCUAAGCCAAUCAAACGUCAUUACUUUGAUGACAUGAAACACGAGCUGUUGCCGUUUAACGAGGAAAUCUCAGUUAUGAUUCUGUCUGCUGUGGAUAUGCAAAAGACUGGCUUUGUUUUUGGUUGCUAUUUUGCAAAUGAGAAGGUUGCUGAAAAUUUUCAAAAUCUGCUUAAUCUUGUGGCGGAGAUUGGACUUUCAGAUCAGCAACUUUUGCCUGGUUAUAUACCCAACGUCGGGGAAAUGUGUCUGGCAGUUUUCAGCGAGGACAAUUCUUGGUAUCGUGGCGUUUGUAUUGAGGUCAGCUAUAAUGAAGCGAACAUUCUGUUCUGUGACUACGGCAACACGGACAUAGUUUCAAUUGAGAAUAUAAAACCUAUUCCAGCCAAUUUGGUAAAACCAAUACUUACAACCAAAUGCUUCAUAGACGGUUUUGACAAGUCUGGUAAAUUCAAGUUACUGGAAGACUAUCUUAUUGCGAAAAAUAAAAUCAAUUGCAUUGCUUCGCUUGGACCGGAGCCCAACACUUGUGUUAUACGCAUUCCGACGUUGGACAAAAUAUUAUCUAAGGAACUUGUUUAGGAAUUAGCUUCUUUAUAUCAAUCUAAUUUUAAUUUCAAUUCAAUUAAUUAAUUGAAAACAAUGACGAUAUGAAGAAGUCUAAUAUUAAUUUCAAAAUAAUUAAUUACUUUAAAAUCAAUUUAAAACAAUGACGAUAUGAAAAAGUCCCGAUCUGUUUUGUUUACUAGUUUUAAUGUACACCAAAUGUGUAUUGCGCUAUCGACAUAAAGUUAUGAAACUAAAUAAAUUUAAUUUUUACGUUUUGUUUAAA